AUGCCUCUAUCACUGGUUAUUACACUUAAUGUUAAUUUUGAAUUAAAAUGGUGUGAUGAUCGUUUACGUUGGAAUACAAGUCAACAAGUAUGUUUAAGUAAACGAAAUCGUUCGGCAAUAUUUUUUACUGCAAAUGAAAUAUGGGUACCUGAUAUUGUUGCAAUAAAUGGACCAGGAAAAGCCGAAAAAGAAGUUAAAUAUCAAUAUCCUAUUUUAGCUAUUUGUACAGGUAUUGUUCGAUGGUCAUAUCAAGAUAAACUUGUUUCAUAUUGUGAACUUCAUGUUCAAAAUUUUCCAUUUGAUAAACAACGUUGUUCAAUUCUUCUUCAAUCAACUAUAUAUGAUUCAAAUGAAUUUAAAUUACGUAGUUUAUAUAAAGUAGUACAAUUAUAUAAUUUUAUAAAUACAGAAUGGAAAAUUGCACAUGUUACAAUCGAAGAAAUUGAUUUAUAUAAUCCACAUUAUGCACGUUAUUUUAGUACAAUUAAAAUAAAUAUUGAACUUGUACGUCUUUCACGUUUUUAUGUUGUUAAAAUAAUUUUACCUUUUUCUAUAAUAUCAUCACUUGGAUUAUUUUCAUUUUGUUUACCAACAGAUAGUGGUGAAAAAAUCACACUUACAGUUAGUGUUUUACUUUCAUUAACUAUUUAUUUACAACUUAUAUCAAAUUAUGUACCAAAAAAUGAACGUGGUCUUUGUACAUUAACAUUAUAUUCAAAUAUAAUAUAUUCAUUUGUUUUUCUUUCUUGUCUAUUUAAUAUAUUAACAAUAUUUAUUUAUUAUCAAGAACAAUAUUUUUCAAGAAAUAAAAUAUUAAAACAAAAAAAACCAAAUCUUUUAUUUACUAUACAUCAAUCAUUAUUAGAAUUAAAUAAACAACGAUCAAAAUUAUCUAAAAAAUGUCGAAAUAUUCAAAAAUGUUUACCGAAACAUAUUGAUAUUAAUGCUUAUGAUAUGUUACAUGAUGUGAGAUAUAUUCGAGAAUUAUUAAAAGAUUUACAUAUACGAGGAAAUUUUACUGAUUUUCGUCAUAAUUUAUUUUAUCCUAAACCAUCUGUUAAACAACUUGCUGUAUUAGUUGAUAGAAUUUUAUUUUUUAUUUAUCUUAUAUCAAUGCCAUCAACUUUGAUAAUAUUAUUUAAAUCAAAUAGUCAAUCAAAUGUAUUACCAACAACAACAAAUCAAUUACUUGAUCUACGUAGAACAGCUGCUGAUCCAGCGCCAGUUUAUCGUGGAUGUCCAACAUAA